AAGGCCUCUUAAGAAGAAAGCAUUAUCCUGUAGGAGGAAAUCGUUUUUUUUUGGCGUGAUCUUUGCAAAAAAAAGGCCAUCCGUAGAGAGUCAAGUUCGGACCGUCCAGGAAUCAAUCAUAGGCCUGUUUGCCAUGUGAUACGGGUAAAUGUACCAACCACGUGAUGCAUAUCGAAGCUGUUGUGUCUGUAUUUGAAACGGACUCGCGGCACUGGCUAAGCAGGCUUAACAAUUAAGCCAAAGGUGAGAGAACAAGUCCGCUAUUAAUUCCUACAGGACUAAUGACUUAAGCUUAUUAACUGGGAGAUAAUAUGACACAUAUAAACUCGUCUAUCAGCGGCAUUGUUGUUGUCUACCGUUUAAUUAACGACUAGGAAAUGAAAAAAAAACGAGAAAAACUGAAACGUUUGUUCUACAACUCCAUACUUUCUUGGAUGCAUGGCAAAGACGAAGGACAAAAUUGGAUGUUCCAACUUUCGAACUAAUGGUUUCAGUAUCAGCUCACCCACAAGGCAAAUUUCUAGUAAUAAAAAUGUAAAUCAGAAAACCUCUAAAAUAGCCUCACACGAGUUCUUUAUAUUACACUGGAAUAAAUGCAUUUCCUCGGAACAACCGAUGAACGCAUAAAAGUAAUUUUUUUAAGUAGAGAGUCAUUUUCUUUGUCGGGAUUAGAUACUUCUUUUUCCGUUGUUGCUUACUUCAGAUGAUCAGUUCCACGGUCUGGAUCAGCCGAAAUAUGUCAAACGAUAUCUCUAAAUCUCGGGGGUUUCCUUGUUUAUAGAGAGCGUGAAAAGUUGUUUACCAAAUUCACUAAAUCAGAAAGCUAGAUAAGCUCGUUAAUUUCCAUGCAAUUAUUAAUUAAUUGUUAGGCCGUCUGUGCACACGACCACAAUACACGUAGUUUCUCGCGAGGAAAUUGUGUUCUCAAAAAUCAACAUAAGUAACAUUUGAUGUCGUUGUUGCCUCGGACGGUUUUGACAAUGCUCUGGUUGAUUCUCGCCGGGGCAACGACGAAGCACUGCUCGGGAAGGAUUUAGCAAACGAUAUCAGCUUUGCUUUUAUUGACAUUUCCUGCCGCUGAUAAAAUAUUGGGUUUUCACCGCUUGUUGUGUGUUUAUCAUCUGUGUUGAGAGCUCGGUUUCACAAGAAUGUACCGGUCGUUGGAAAAACUCGUUCCGUGCCUGCUGUUUUGCCUUAAUUUAAUAGCUGCAAGUAAACAGCACUACAGUGACUUGGAAAGACUCCAAAAAGAUUUAUUCUCCAACUACAGUACAAACAUCAUUCCACAGAAAGAAAAAACUGCUGCAGUCAAUGUCACAUUUGAUUUAGCUCUCAACCAAAUUAUUGAUUUGGACGAGAGACUGCAAACUAUGACGACCAUUGUGUGGGUGAGGCUGUACUGGAACGACUUCAGACUGAAAUGGAACAUUUCCCAUUACGGAGCAAUACGGUCGUUUGUGACAUCAUCGAAGAAAGUGUGGCUUCCAGAUAUCACUUUGUAUAACAAUGCUAACGACAACUAUGACAAAGAGAAAGAAGAAUAUUAUGGGCUCACCAUUAACUCCAAUGGAAAUGUAGGCUGGUUCUACCCAACGAUAUUCAAAAGUUCAUGCACGAUUGAUGUGACAUAUUUUCCAUUCGAUGAUCAGAAAUGUAUCCUAAAGUUUGGCUCGUGGUCAUAUCACGGUCUGAGUCUGGACAUAUAUCAUAAUGGACCAGGCGACACUGACGCUUUCACCGAUAACGGAGAAUGGGUUCUAGUCGGGAUGCCUGUGACCAAGUUUAUAACCAAGUAUCGUUGCUGUCCGGAGCCUUAUCCAUUCAUCACCUACAAUAUUAUAAUCCGCCGUCGGACCAUGUAUUACAUUCUAAACUUCUUGACUCCCUGUGUCCUAAUGUCCGCUUUGACAAUCCUGGGAUUUUUUCUACCUGUGGAGUCUGGGGAGAGGAUGAACGUGGGUGUGACUGUGCUACUGUCGUUAACUGUGAUACUGCUGUUAUUAGCCGAAGAGCUUCCGGCCACGUCGGAAGUGGUGCCACUCAUUUCACGCUACUACACGCUUACAAUGAUAAACGUUUUCAUCUCAAUCGUUUUCACGUGCAUUGUACUCACGUUUCACCAUCACGCGCCCACGCCCCUGCCGGCCUGGGUGCGACUUUUUAUUUGCCAGUGGUGCGCAAACGCGUUACGCGUGAAGCGCAACGGAAGCAAAAACGAAUCAUGCCUCCCCGCGAAGCGCUUCCUUAAAAACCGGAACAUGAGGAGACAUUCGCUGGGAGAGAGGCUCUACAGCGAGGAAAGCGCAGAGCCUGUUGCUACAAACCCGUUUGUAAACGCGAAUCAUGCACAACCGCCUGGGUCGGCAUCUACGGUGUCGAUCCAGUUGAAGAAGUUAGACGAUCGAAAUCCGACUGUACGAAAGAGAUUUAAUCAGGGUUUGAAGCAAUCCGAAGCUUUAGACAUUCUUGCAGAAAGAACUAAGAAAGACGACGAGAAAGAGCGGCACAAGGAGGAAUGGCGUUUUGCCGCUCAGGUGCUUAAUCGAUUGUUCAUGUGGAUUGUUCUGUUUCUUGUUGUGUUCAACUGUCUCAGCGUUUUAUUUUCAGCUCCAAGUGAGAACCUUAACUAGAUCAAACUAUGAAUGUGGGAAUUUCGAUACUGCUGUCUCAUUCUACGCCGGGACGGCUCUCUAAAGCGAAGUCGCAAAAAGUCGGUAGGUCCUCGUUGUUGCAGCCACUGACUCUCUUCAUCUACCUUAAGGCGGACAACUCUUUUCUGAGAAAAUUCUCUUAAGGUGGACACCUAUCUUAGUCGGACACCUCCCUGAGACGACACCUCCUUGAGGUGGACAGUCACACCUGGUCCUUAACUCGUGCGCUUGUACUCAAUCGCUUCCUUAACUUAUGAAGAGUCGCACGACACUAUGGGGCCGUGCAAAGACGUUAAUUGUUCAAGAUGACCUUUUAAAGAUCUCAACCAAUGACAUGCGGUGUAAGUCAUAUAUUAAUUCAUCUCUGCCAGUUUUAUGGACAAGCUACCAAAUGUGCUGCUUCAUAAAAAAAAAACCCAGUAAGCUAGUUAAAAGUACAACUGAUGUGAAACGUAGACAGAGAUGCAAUAUUAAUGUAGAAAUUCUUCAUUGACAAGGAAGUGUGCAGCCAGCUCAACUAAAGAGAUCAAAACUCGAAGACAAAACAGGAAUUCAAGAAAAAGAAACUUUAAUAGAAGGGAUGAGAUGGACUUUCAGAUUCCUUAGCUUGGUUGAUUUAACGGUGCGGAUUAGGAAUGGACAAAGACCAUUUAUUCUAUUAUCUGUCUUUGCUUGUUCUCUCCAGAGGGCUAAUGAACUGUCAAGAAGCAACGGCCAUCAGUCUUUGCAUCCCUUGAGUACAUCUUUGCUCGAAGCGAUAAGACUGGUAACUAGAUUGUAUGAAGAUUACAACUUGUAUAUUCCUGUCUAUGGAAACCUACUUAUUCUGCUCCCUGCGGAAGCUGAUGAAUUUACUCUUAGUAGUAUUUCUACUUCAACUCCCCCCCUCCUAAGGUGGGAUGCUGGUCCAUCGCAGGAUUCCCCCACCCUCCCUCCCCCCAAUGUUCUUCAGGUUGCCACAACAACCUGACAAAAACAAAACUAAACCAAAUCAAACAGAGCUGAAUAAGUGUGGUUCAGAAAAGAAGGUGUGGUGUGAAUAGUGUUUAAAUGUGUAUUAUAGGUAUACAGCGAUGUUCAGAACAAUAAUCAUCAUGAAGAACAUCAAUAAAGAUAAACACGAGUUGGUUUUGUUCGACGGGUCUUAAUCUGUUCAAGUUUUUUACUCUUUCAUUUCUCUCCAUUCAACAUUGUUUAGCCACGCAUUUUUUGUUUCUCUCUCAAUAUGCGAUGACCGUUUUUGAGGGUCGAAAUCUUGCGCAUUUGAUAAUAUUAUCAAAGCUACUUUAAUAAACGCUUACCAAGAAGACAAAACCUGCUCCAAAAAGGGGGUGGGGCAGAAAUUUUCAUCUUUGAAACGAAAAGGCCCCAAUUUGGGUAUACAUUCUCGUCAAGAUGAAGUGACAAUGACGUCCUUAACUUUUCUAAUCCUGAGAGAAAGUAGUAACACUGGCGUUCUGGCUGACGUUAGCCUGUCGAGAAGCCCACGUACAUCAGUAGUGUGAUUAGCACGCGCAAUUUAUAACCUUUAUCGAGGUAUCUUUACAACUUCCUAAUUUACAAAAUCAAGGUAAAAAAGAUCCUUUCUGCCGAGUUACGUCAAGUCGGACUGGAAAUUGCACAAACCCCACUUUACUCGGUCCCUAAGCCAUGACCCAGAGUCAAAUAUUUUCCCGUGUACCCCUUCCAUUUAGACGAUAAGCCCAUAAUAAUUCUCGCGGAUUUUUAUUGGUAAAGCAGUUAAAACAGUGCACACACUCCGAGUACUGUCGGGUAGCUUCGAGUUGUUUUGAUUUGGCUAAGGUUCGUACACACCAGGGGACUAGUCCCUAAGACUAGUCCCUGCUACAAGGCCCCGGGAGAGAUCUCAUCGUGUGAGCUACCCGUUUUUGUCAAAAAAUCAGUCUAACCCCGGGGACCAAAUUCGGUCCCUGUGACUUGUCCCUCAAAACCCAUCUUGUAAACUGCUCGUGGGACAAGUCUCUGCGACCAAAUUGAAAUAAACCAAUCACAGACCUGCAUGAUAAGCCCCCAUAACUCCGUGCGCUUUCUAUUUCGAGAUGGUGCCUAGCCACUCGGCUCGGGAUGACGGCAUUGAUGUUGAAGAAACAGCUUAGAGAGUUACUACCUCGAGAAUUCUGAUAGAAUUUUACGAAAGCAACAUUGACAACUCUGUUACCUGGAAAUCACAUAAAAGAAGCUCUGGAUAAUUUGGCUGAACAAUCUUUAUUUUAUUGUAUUGCGCUGAUUUAUUUAAAUGCUAAAUUUGUUAAUUUAAGUUUAAUAAUAUCGAUUUCAAAUUGGGAAAGCCGCAGAAUGAAAGAAUGCUGCCAUUUCCCCCUAGUUUUUACUAUAUUCCUGUGCAGUUAGUCCCCGCGCGUGAUCGCCACGAGGGAGGAGUCCCACAACCAGUUCCCUCGUGUAAACUCUUCAAGGGACUUGUCGCAGAGAAUACUCUCGGGGACUUUUCCCUUCUUGUGUGCCGACCCGCGCCCUCCCCUCCCACCUAGUGCUUUGCUAGAAAUUGCAGACGUACUCGCGUACGAAGCCAAGAAGGUUUCUACAUCAAGGUUUCGAAGCAAAACUCAUGAGUGUUUCCGGCUAUAAAUAUUUUACUCAAUUCCAAGAGGAACCUCGCAAGAACACGUUCUAAUGACGCAAACAAGUUAUUAAAACCACGGUGGGUUAAAGCAUAAUAAUAAAAAAGAAGAGCAAGACAAAAUAAAUCGAGGAAGCUUAAUUAAAGAAAAGCACAAAU